GAAUAACCAACUCUCCCAAUUGAACAUUUCUACAACCACCUCGCAAUGAUUUGAAACUAAUACAGGAUGACUGCCAGACCAUUGCUCAAGUUUUUGUAUCCGCGGACGCACAGGGACCUGUCCUUCGCGACGAAGGAUGCCUACAUAUUAUUUUACUCCACAGGCAGGAACCUGACUGGACUCUCACGGUCACCAAGCCGCGCCUCGGGCUGGUCUACAUGCACAUAUAGCACCAAGGCUGGUGCACCCACAGAAGAAAGUAAAGGAACUUCAAUUGGCAAGAGAAGCGAUGAUUUUCAGCAGCGCCUGAAGGAGCUCCAAAAUGCAAAUGCCCUAAAAUACCCUCGAAUCCAGCCAGAUAGAAAUGCAAUUAGUUGUGCAGAGUUUAAGAAACGAUAUGCCGUGCUGAAUCCCGAAGAAUCAAGAGAAAGUGACAAUGUGACCCUUCGCGGGAGGUUAUACUCCUCGCGAAUUGCGGGCACCAAGCUCGCAUUCCUCGAUGUUGUUCAGGACGGGAACAGAGUCCAAGGAUUGGUGAACCUGCGUCGUCUUCAGACCGAGGAUGACGUCCAGGCAGAGCAGUUUAAGGAGUUUUACCACCUUGCCAGACGAGGCGAUAUAGUCGAGAUAACAGGUGUGCCCACGCGCACAAAGAGAGGUGAACUAUCUAUCAAUGCCACGAAACUCCCCGUCAUCCUCACACCUGCGCUGGCUAGCUUGCCAAACACCCUCGACGACCCGGAAACAAGGAUCAGGAACAGACACGCAGAUAUUUUGGUCAACCAGAAAGUUGCAGAUACAUUAAAACUCCGCUCUCAUAUCGUGCAGUAUCUACGCAAUUUCCUAAUAGCAGAUGACUUCCUCGAGGUUCAGACACCAAUCAUCGCUGAGGAUGCUGGUGGUGCGAUUGCACGCCCUUUUAACACGGUGGCCACGGAAUUCUCAACAAAGACCCUCUCACUUCGAAUUGCACCUGAAAUAUGGCUCAAGAGGUUGAUACUGGGCGGCAUGGACCGCGUGUUUGAGAUCGGCCCUGCCUUCCGAAACGAAGGCCUUGACGCAACGCACAACCCCGAGUUUACAACCUGCGAAUUCUACAAGUCUUUUGCCGACCUGGAGGAGCUCAUUAAGAUGACUGAGGACCUGUUUUCGGGGCUUGCCAGCCAUGUGAACGAGCUCAUAUCAUCAAAACUCACUUCAUUGGACCCGCUGGAUACAAACUUAUUCACAGCACCCUUUCAGCGGAUUGAGUUUAUACCCGACCUGGAGCAGCGAAUCGGACGCAAGCUACCAGACCUCGAAGCCGAGAACGCAGCAGAAGCAAUUGCCUCUCUAUUCUCCGAACUUUCCCAGCCCCUUCCUUCAUCCCCCACCCUUCCCCGAAUGCUCGACAAGCUCGCCUCGAUAUACCUCGAGCCCUCCUGCGACGCCCCGACCUUUAUAAUACACCACCCCGCAUGCAUGGCACCCCUCGCAAAGUCCUUCCGCGAUCCAGCCACCAACCAGCUCGUGUCCGCUCGCGUGGAGCUGUUUGUGCAGCACAAGGAGCUUGCAAACAUGUAUGAGGAGGAGAAUUCGCCGUUUGAACAGCGCCGGAAGUUUGUUCAGCAGGUGCAGUGGAAGGAUGAGGAGAAUGAGGCAGUUAUUGAUGAGAGUUAUUUGGAAGCACUGGAGUGGGGGUUGCCGCCUACGGGUGGGUGGGGAUGUGGGAUUGAUAGGUUGUGCAUGUUGAUGUCGGGAGCGACACGUAUUAGCGAUGUGCUUGCGUUUGGGAGCUUGAAGAAUGUUGUGGGUCUUGGGAAGGAUUCGUACAAGAGCUGAUUGCGGAUAUCCUGUGUAGAUUACUGUAACAAUAUGUAUAUGUAGAACAAGUUAAUGGAUAU